AUGUCUGCUUUUAGGUUCUGGUCCAGCCUGCUGGUUUUGCUGGGGUAUCUCUGCCAUGGAGGUUCAUCAUGUGGCGUUUCAACACACAUAGAAAUAGGACACAGAGCUCUGGAGUUUCUCAGUCUUCAAGGUGGGACUGUUAACUACAAAGAGCUGUUACUUAAACACCAGGAUGCAUAUCAGGCUGGAACGGUGUUUCCUGAUUCUUUUUACCCCAGCAUCUGCAAAGGAGGAAAAUACCAUGAAGUGUCUGAGAGCACCCACUGGACUCCAUUUCUUAAUGCAAGCAUUCAUUACAUCCGAGAGAACUAUCCCCUUCCCUGGGAGAAGGACACAGAGAAAUUGGUAGCUUUCUUGUUUGGAAUUGCCUCUCACAUGGUGGCAGAUGUCAGCUGGCAUAGUCUGGGCAUUGAGCAAGGAUUCCUUAAGACAAUGGGAGCUAUUGAUUUUCACAACUCCUAUUCUGAUGCUCAUUCGGCUGGUGAUUUUGGAGGGGAUGUGUUGAGCCAGUUUGAAUUUAAUUUUAAUUACCUUGCACGGCGCUGGUAUGUGCCCACCAAAGAUCUAUUGGUAAUUUAUAAGAAACUCUAUGGCCGAAACGUCAUCACCAAAAAUGUAAUUGUUGACUGUUCAUAUCUUCAGUUCUUGGAAAUGUAUGGUGAGAUGUUAGCUGUUUCUAAGCUUUAUCCUACUUAUUCUAGAAAGUCCCCAUUUCUGGUAGAACAAUUCCAGGAGUAUUUCCUUGGAGGACUGGAUGAUAUGGUGUUUUGGUCCACUAAUAUAUACCGUCUAACAAGCUUCAUGUUGGAAAAUGGGACCAGUGACUGCAGUCUACCUGAGAACCCCUUGUUCAUAGCGUGUGGUGGCCAACAAAACAACACACACAGCUCAAAAGUGCAGAAAAUUGCUUUUCACAGAAAUUUGACUGCAUCUCCAACAAAAGAUAUUGAAAGAAACAUAAAUUAUACAGAAAGAGGAGUGUUCUUUAGUGUGGAUACCUGGACCACAGAUUCCUUUACUUUUGUGUACCAGGCUUUGGAAAGGAAGGUACAGACAAUAUUGACAGGUGACUCGCAGCAUCCACUUAAGCAUGUCUCUAGCCCCUCGGCAUCUUACUUCCUGUCAUUUCCCUAUGCAAGGCUUGGUUGGGCAUUGGCCUCAGCAGACCUCAACCAGGAUGGGCACGGCGACCUUGUGGUGGGCGCACCCGGCUACAGUCGCUCAGGCCACAUUCAGGUCGGGCGCGUGUAUCUGAUCUAUGGCAACAACCUGGGCCUGCCCCCGGUCGACCUGGACCUAGACAAGGAGGCUCACGGGAUUCUGGAGGGCUUCCAGCCCUCAGGUCGGUUUGGCUCAGCCUUGGCUGUGUUGGACUUCAACAAGGAUGGGGUGCCUGACCUGGCAGUGGGAGCCCCCUCAGUGGGCUCUGAGCAGCUCACAUACAAAGGAGCAGUGUACGUCUACUUUGGUUCUCGACGAGGAAGGAUGUCUUCUUCCCCUAACAUCACCAUCUCAUGCCAGGACGCCUACUGUAACCUGGGCUGGACACUCCUGGCCACAGAUGUGAAUGGAGACAGUGAGCCCGAUCUGGUGAUUGGCUCCCCUUUUGCACCGGGUGGAGGGAAGCAGAAGGGAAUUGUGGCCACGUUUUAUUCUGGCCCCAGCCAGAACGACAAAGAAAAGCUGAGCGUGGAGGCAGCUGACUGGUUGGUAAGAGGCGAGGAGGAUUUCGCCUGGUUCGGAUACUCCCUCCACAGUGUCAGCGUGAACAGCAGGACUUUGCUAUUGGUUGGGAGUCCGACCUGGAAGAAUGCCAGCAGUCUAGGCUAUUUAUUCCACAACCGGGAUGAGAAACCAAACCUCGGAAGGGUGUAUGGCUAUUUCCCGCCAAAUUGUCAAAGCUGGUUUACAAUUUCCGGAGACAAGGCAAUGGGGAAACUGGGCACUUCCCUGUCCAGUGGCCGUGUGAUGCUGAAUGGGACCCUGACACAAGUGCUCCUGGUGGGGGCUCCAACUCAGGAUGAUACGUCUAAAAUGGUGUUCCUGACCAUGACCUUGCACCAAGGUGGAAACACUCGGAUGUAUGAAAUAACAGGUGAUGCAAAGCCUGCUCUGCUCAGCACCUUCAGUGGGGACCGCCGCUUCUCUCGAUUUGGUGGAGUUCUACACCUGAACGAUCUGGAUAAUGACGGCUUAGAUGAAAUCAUCAUGGCAGCCCCACUGAGGAUAGCAGAUGUAACCUCUGGACUGAUUGGGGGGGAAGACGGCCGCGUUUAUGUAUAUAAUGGCAAACACAUCACCCUUGGUGACAUGACAGGCAAAUGCAAAUCAUGGAUCGCUCCAUGUCCAGAGGAAAAGGCCCAAUAUGUAUUAACUUCACCUGAAGCAAGCUCAAGGUUUGGGAGCUCUAUGAUCACUGUGAGGUCAAAGGAAAAGAACCAAGUUGUCAUUGCAGCUGGAAGAAGUUCGUUGGGAGCCCGACUCUCUGGGGCACUUCACAUCUAUAACCUUGGCUUACAUUAAAGAUUUUGCUCUGUUUUCCUAAUCUGCCCCUCCCUCUCUGUGCUGAGUCCUUUCCAGGGUAAAAGUUCUGGUGGACAAAGUGCAACACCCAGUAGAGUGAUGGUGGAUCCAAGUAGAGGUGGGGCUCCUGGGAACAGAGACACAACACUACAGCCAGGUGAUCUGGAAAUCUGAUAAAUUAUAUGGCGACACCAAGAGUAUGUGAAAACAGGAGACACUCUGGUGAUUCACGUCCCCUUCCAAAACUUGCUACCUUUGCAUCUAAACCUUUCUGCUUUCCUCCCCAACUAGCUUGUCUGUGCUCAGACCUGCUGUACAGCCUAUUUCUUCUUCCACACAAAUACCUGUCCUGUCCUGUCCUUUCAAUGCCUGAAAAGGCCUCUCUGGUGAUCUCUUAGGAAAGUCUCUGUACACAAUUCCUUCUAGAAAUGUCCUUCUUUUAUUGGUGACCCAUCCCAAAGUGUAACAGAAAGCAUAAUAUACAGAAAUAACACUAGAGAAGGAGGAGAAACAGUACAGGGAGGAGAAUGUACAGAUGAUAAUCUUACAGCUCCAAAAUUACUUGUGGAUGACUCGUUCUUAAAGAGGGCUAUCACAUUUUCAAGGUUUUAUAUAGUGAAGGAUAAAUACUAAAACUUUAUCACGUUUCUCUGCUUUUGCAGAGAUGGCUGUUCUAAUAGGACAUCAACCUAGAAUAUGGUGGCUUUCCACUAGACUUUCCAUACGAACAAGGGCCUCUGUUGUAUUAGGCUGCCACAAAUUAUGCCAGCAGGGGAACUGGAGAAAGGAGAGUGAUCUGGUCUGAGCUGAAGGCUACUGACUGGGUAAGGGACCCAGAGGAGCGAAGCAGGCCUUGGCCUACUUGUUCCUGGGCUGCUUUAGUAAGGGGCUCUGAUUUGCGAGUCCUGCAGUGUGGCAUGUAUUUAAGGCAAAGGAAUGUUUCAAGUUCACUAAUACUUUAUCUGUAAACAUAGAAAAAGUCUGCAUUAAUAUCUACAGAUAUUGGGAACAAUGAAAUGGAAAAAUACAGUAACUAGUUGAUUUUGUAUCUAUCAGGGAAGUAUUUCUUUCUUCUGACACUCCUGACAUGACACUAAAAGCAGGAGAAAAUAAUAAAUGACAAGAGUCCUCCUCUCAGCUUCUCUAGAGGCAGAGGAGGGACUGGUGGAAGGGGACAGGAAGAAGACUCUAGCUGCAGUGCAGAAGUUAAAUGAGAGAUCAAGGAAAAGCUACUGGGGUUAAAAUUCUGAGCAUAAAGUGGUUACACAAAGGAAAACAACCUAAAUAGGCACACAGCUAGAGAGCACCUCUGGGUCUCUCAUGGGACUAUCUCAUUUUUCUUAAAAGGAGGGUGCAUUAUGGCACAGCAAAAAGGAUACAAAAACACCAUUUGGUUUUGUUUGUGUAGCAAUUACUGGCAGCUCAACCUAUUUGAAGAAUUAUUUUUAAUUAAAAGGAAGUUUAUUUCUAGGGGACCAGAAAUUACUUAACUGUAUUCACUUAAGAGUCGAGAUGUGUGAGUGUCAAACAAACUAAUGACAUUGACAUUGCAUUUUAAUAAAGGUGUUUCUCUCAGAUACUAGAUCUUUCCAUUAGAAGGAUGCAUACUUUCGUAUUGCGUAUUUGUUAUUAUAAUUCACCAAGUGACAGGGCCUAUGUUUAAACAUGAUAAUUAUUUACCUGAGGAUUUAUGUUUCUCAAUGCCUACACAUAACAGAUAGUAAGUACCAGGUGGAGAAGGUUAAAACCUAUACAGCUGAAAGAAAAUUUUCAAGUUUAUAGGAUAUUUAACCAUAGCAACCCCAGUCAAAAGUGAUAUAAAACUGUACUACUACUGAAGGUCAACUAUAUGGCAAAUAUGUAAAAAUGUAGAGAAAAAAUUAGUAUGUGAAAGUCUAGUGUAUUAUCCCAAUAUAGGUGGAUUACAUUUUCACUCCACUAAGUGUUAACCAUAGUUCUAAUCAUUGAUUCCAAAAAGCUUAACAAUAAUUAAAAUGGACUGCCCUUUAGGGUUAGGAUUUCUCAUUAACACAAAAUUGAACUAUACCAUAGUUCGACUCAAAAUUAUCUUUAUUUCAAGAUAUCAGAAGACAUUUACACAUUUGCACUUUUUAUCUUUCUACUGUCUGUAUAGAGUAGAUCAGAAUUGUUUUAUGCCAUUUGUAUCAAAGCCCUAAGAGACUAAAUGUGAUCCAAAGUGAGCUUGGGAACAGAAUUCAGGUAUCUGGAUUCCCUACUCAAUGCACCAUCCAUUAGAUGCCCUCUGUAGGUACUACUAAAACAACGAAAAUAAACCCUAAGUUCAAUAUUUUGAAUUACUAAUCGUAAUUCCAGAAAAUGAAAACCCAAAACCAAAACUAAACCCAUUGCCAUCAAGACGAUACCGACUCAUAGCGACCAUAUAGGAGAGAGCAGAACUGCCCCAUAGGGUUUCCAA